GGCAGCAGGCGCCCCUCCUCGCCCAGCACCCCCACCCCCAUCGCCGCCCCGAGCCCCGGCCUAUCGGCAGCGGCAGGACGCAGGACAGCAGCGCAGCAUUGUAGGGGGCUGCACGCGGAGCCUUGCACGCCUCUGGGCAGCACAGGGCACCAUGACCCGGCUGGCCGGCCUGGCGCAGCAGCUGCGCGGGGCGCUGGCGGCCCAGCAAGGCUCGGCAGCGCUGGGAGCGGCUGCGGGCGCCGCCACCUCGGCGCUGCACGCCCAGCGCGCCGCCUACUCCUCUGACAUCGCCAUCCGCGGCAUCGACGCCCUGAAGAGCGGCCCCGGCGGGCGCUCCAGCGUCAGCGGCAUCACCGCCACCAUCUUUGGCUGCUCCGGCUUCCUAGGGCGCUACGUGGCCAACGCCAUUGGCAACACCGGCGGCCAGCUGGUGCUGCCGCACCGCUGCGACGACACCGACGUGCAGCACCUGCGCACGAUGGGGGACCUGGGGCAGGUGGUCAUGAUGCCAGACUUCAGCAUCCGCGACGAGGAGGCGGUGCGUCGCGCCAUCUCCCGCUCCAACCUGGUGGUCAACAUGGUAGGUGCGGGGCAGGAGACGUGGAACUACGGGUUUGAGGAGGUGCACAUCGAGUGGCCCGCACGCCUGGCGCGCGCCAUCCGCGACAGCGGCAAGGUGGAGCGCUUCAUCCACUUGAGCGCGCUGGGCGCGGAGGCGGACGCCCCCUCCCGCCGCCUGCGCACCAAGGCUGCCGGCGACGAGGUCGUGCGCUCCGAGCUGGGCCCCAUCUCCACCAUCUUCAAGCCCGCGGCGGUCAGCGGCACCGAGGACCGCCUGUUCAACAUGUUUGCCACCAUGGCCAAGCGCACGCCCUUCCUGCCUCUCAUCGAUGGCGGCAAGACGCGCAUGCAGCCGGUGUGGGUGCGAGACGUGGCGGCAGCCAUCAUGAACAGCCUGAAGACGUACGACUCGCUGGGUCAGACCUACUACCUGGCGGGGCCCGACGUCAUGACGGUGGCGCAGCUGGUGGCCUUCACUUACCACACCAUCCGCGAGAGGAACGCGUCGGUGCCCAUGCCGGCCGCUGUGGCCGGCGUGCUGGCCAAGGGCUGGGACGCGCUGGGGCGCAGCACCCCGCUGCGCGGCCCCCUCAUGUUCUCCUCGGACUUCAUCGCGGAGAUGAAGGGUGGGUGGGGCGACUAUGUGAUGCCCAGCGGCGUGCUGGGCUUUGAGCACCUGGAUGUGGAGCCGCACCGCGUGGCGGAGGGCAUCCCUAUCGAGUACCUGCGCCACUACCGCUCCGGGGGCUACGACUUUGGCAGCCUGGCGGAGGAGGGGGAGCCCGUGGGGGGCGCCGGCUUUGGCCACCCUGGCGGCGUGCGCGGCCCCGCCGCGUGAGCGCCAUGAGCACUUGCUCCUUGUGCUGCCCCUAUCCUUGUGCUUUUGUUUUCCGCUCACCGCGCCUUUGUUGGUCCUGAGGACGGCGGGCGCUGUAACAGUCAACUGAC